CAUACAACAAUGAAAAUAAAUGAUACCCCUGGUCACUGGACAUUGGAGCUGACGAUGGAAGCAUUAGAUAUACCGCCUGGCUACAUUUACACUGCUUUUGUUUUUGGGACCCUUACAUAUGUAAUGAUUCUGUUUUGUAAUAUAUUAGUGAUUACAACAAUUGUCUUCACAAAGAGUUUGCAUUCGCCUAUGUUCAUCUUGCUGUUAAACCUGCCUGUACUGGACGUAAUGGGAGCCACUGCUCUUCUCCCUCAGCUGUUACACAGUAUAGUGUCAAAGGACCGCUCUAUUUCCUACUCUGGGUGUUUUCUGCAGGCUCUGUUGAUUCACAUCUAUGGUUCAGGGAACUUCUUAUUCUUAACUGCGAUGGCCUACGACAGAUAUAUUGCUAUAUGCUUGCCUCUUAGGUACCACUCUCUGAUGACGUCAAAUAUUUUGACAAGAAUCAUCGUUGUUGUUUGGUUCGGUGUCAUCUUUAUUAUUACAGUGGCAUUGGGUACUACUACAGAGUUCAAACUAUGUAGGAAUAAUAUAGUAGAUAUAUUCUGCAGCAAUCCCACUUUAGUGAAACUAGUCUGUGAAGACACCAGCGUCAAUAAAAACUAUGGCAUAUUCACUAUCAUAUUAGUCCAAGCUGGACCAGUUAUCAUAGUAACAUACACAUACAUCCAGAUAUUGUUGACUUGUAUGAAGAAUAAGCAGCCAGAUGCAAGAGGCAAAGCUCUACAAACAUGUGGAACACAUUUGGUGUUUUUUUUAUUCUUUCAAUUCAUUUGUAUCAUCGCUUUGAUGGCUCACAGGUUUGAAAGAGUGUCCCCGAACAUCAGAAGGGCCCUGGGUGUAUCAGUAAUCGUAUUUCCCCCAGUACUCAAUCCACUUAUAUAUGGGUUAAACACAAAAGAACUUCAGAUAAACAUGAUUAAAAUCAUUAAAAGAGCAAGGUUAACAAAAAAAUAACUAACUAAACCAGAUACAAUUCCAAUGCACCUUUUUUAUUGAAUUUGAAUAUAUAAAGAUAAAAUUAUCAUCAAAGGUAACUUAACAUCCUAAAUGUUUUGGAAAUAUUUUCAUAUUGCAGUCUCAUUGCAAACAUAUUAUUUCAUGCUUCAAAGUAAUUAAUGACAUAUUAAUUAAUAUUCAUGGUCUUUUGUAAUUAGACAUACUAGGGUGCAAAGGUGAAAGUACACACAAAUAUAUUUCCUGGUAUGGUUUAUUCACAUCGGGACAUUUCAGACACAUAGACGUACAAUUUUUCUGAUGUAAUUAAUACAUUUCUUGCAAUAUAGUAUUUGUAGAUCAUGCUAAUUUGCAGUGGUGUCCAAUGUUUUUGUUCAUUAUUCUUUACUAAUUUUUCAAUUUGAUUAUUUUAAAAUCAGUUUAAGGCAAAUUCUCUGUUUAAUGUUUGUAAUAAUUGUCCUAACAUGAAUAUCUAAUUCAUAUUAAAAAUUUGACGCUUAAA